CCCUUCUAAUAAAAAAAAAAAAAAAGAGCGAGCCCAGCCCCUGCUGUCCGUCAGCCUCCCACUUCUGCCCAGAACCAAGGCCAUGGCGAGCUUGCCUAGGAAGCUGGAGCUGUUCUACGAUGUGCUGUCCCCCUAUUCCUGGCUGGGCUUUGAGAUCCUGUGUCGAUAUCGGAACUUCUGGAACAUAGACCUUCAACUACACCCAACUUUAAUCGCAGGGAUCAUGAAGGACAGUGGGAACAAACCACCUGCCUUGGUACCACGAAGAGGCAAAUACUUGUCCAAGGACCUCCAGCGCCUAGGGAAUUUUUACCAAGUUCCCAUCCAGAUUCCCAAAGAUUUCCUUUUUGUCAUGUUAGAAAAAGGGAGCCUGACUGCCAUGAGAUUCCUCACUGCUGUCAACAUGGAGUGUCCAGAGAUGUUAGAGAGAGUGUCUCGAGAGCUGUGGAUGCGUAUCUGGUCACGAGAUGAAGAUAUCACUGAACCCCAGAGCAUCCUGGCUGCUGCAAAGAAAGCAGGACUUUUUGAAGAUCAGGCAAAGGGUCUACUAGAAAGGUGUUCAACUGAAGAGGUGAAGAAGAAGCUAAGAGAAACCACAGAGACAGCCUGCAAAUAUGGGGCCUUUGGGCUGCCCAUGGUGGUGGUCCACGUGGACAACAAAUCCCACAUGCUCUUUGGCUCAGACAGGAUGGAGCUGCUGGCCCACCUGCUAGAAAGAAGAUUAAAAAAAAAAAAAACGCAACCAGUAAAAAAUUAUGAUCACGCCCCACCUGCACCACCAAUAGUUCUUUGUCUCAAUAUUCUUACCCAGAGACACAAAUACCGCCUCCUUUCCAGGCAUCACUACUCACUUCUGCCCCUCUGGGGAGGAGGGGAGAGUCCUUAGGGCAAUGGGACUCUGGUCCCAAACUGAACUAAUCUCUUGGGUUCUCCAGCCCAGACGAGUAGGGAGAUGAAAGUCUGACCCGAUGGGGACACUGUUUCCCACACCCAGCUAGAGAAAGUAUCCCAAUUUGAGCCAACAGAUACCUCAACCCCGACCCGCAGGGCACUUCCCACUUAUCACUGACCCUGAAAAAUCCACAUCUUUAUGGACCCCAACACUGCCCACUGCACAACACUGAAAGUGCACACAGUCUGUCUGCAAUAUGGUUGUCUCCC